UAUUUUGUCCGUACCUGUCGCUGAAGUUACUUAUAUUACAAGCGAAAUGUAGUAAAUAACAAAUGUUAUUCUUUGGAUUUCGUCGAUUAUUUAUUAUUGCUUCUAAAUUAUAUGAAAAUUACAUUUUAAUAGGACAAUUAUAAUUUAAUACAAAGUGUUAUUGUUUAUGUUAUUGCAUAAAAAGUAGGAAAAAAUUUAAUUAAAAAUGAUGCCAGUAUUGCCGAAGGAUUCAGAAGGUAAAGAGGGAGAAGGUAGGGCUCUAAUAAAGGUUGUAGAACGUCCAACAUUUAUAUUAAAAACCAGAGAAGGUGAAAGCAGAGCAGUUUCACCAAGUCAGCGUAAUGGCAACAAAAAAGAAGCAGAUUCAACUUCAACAACAAUGCCAUUGAAACCACCAGAUAUGACACGUACAGUGAUUUCUACAUGUAUUGAAAUGACAAAUUGUGCUAAAUUUAUGGAUGAAAAUAUGCAGCUUAGCGAAAGUGCAUUAGAGUUUUUAUGUGACCAACAAGACUUUUUAGUAGUGGGAUGUUUAGGUCCACAAGGUGUUGGGAAGUCUACAAUAAUGUCUCUUCUUACAUCAAAUUAUAAAGCUGACAUUUUUAAUGUUCAAGAUAUGUCCCAUCAUGAGAGUGGUACAAAUUGUACUAAUGGAAUAGAUUUUUUUGUAACUAAGAAUAGAGUGAUAUACUUAGAUACACAACCUAUUUUGUCAACUUCUGUGAUUGACUAUGCUUCAUCAUUUGAACAAAAAAAGGCUACAACUGAUUUUGUUAAUACAGAAACCAAUUUGGAAUUGCAAUCAUUACAAUUCGCAGCAUUUUUAUUUUCAGUGUGUCAUGUAAUUAUAUUUGUACAAGAUUGGUUCGUUGAUCCAAAUUUAGUCAGGUUUCUUCAAACAGCAGAAAUGCUGAAACCAUCAUCUACAACUACUAUGGAUCAAGAUUAUGUUGAAUAUUAUCCACAUAUAUUAUUUUUACACAAUAAAGUAGAAGCACAAGAUUUUAUGCCAAGUACUGUUGGCAGAAUGAAGGAAUUUUAUAACAAAGUAUUUGCCAGUUCCAGAUUACAAACUCACAGUGGCUUAGACAUGAGUCGUGGCUCAGUUGAAAGUGGUUUGAAUUUAUUUUUAAUACCAUUAAUUACAACAGAAGAUGAAUACAAUGUGCAAGAAAAUGAGAAAAGACUGAUCGAACAAUUAAGAAUGAAAAUACAUGGGGUAUCAAGGCAUCCGAUGACACCAUCUACAUUAACAGAAAAAAAUUGGUAUCACUAUGUUUCAAAAGUCAUGGAGGCAAUAAAGAAAAGUCAUUUGUCAUCAGAAUAUGGAAGAUUAAUGCCAUAAAAUGUAAUGAUAUAUUCAUAACAACAGAAGAUUUAUGAUAAAAGUAAUAUAAUAGUAAGAAUACAUUUUUAUUUUGCACUAUUAAUAAGUAUAAUUUGUACUAAUAUAAAUUAUAUAUUUCAAUCCAUAUUGAAAAUAAAUCACAGAAUUGAAGGUA